UGCGAGCUUUUGCGCACCCUUGUGUGCGCGUCUAACAUGGCGGAUAGACUCACCCAGCUUCAGGACGCUGUGAACUCGCUUGCAGAUCAGUUUUGUAAUGCCAUUGGUGUAUUACAGCAGUGUGGUCCUCCUGCCUCUUUUAGUAACAUUCAAACAGCAAUUAAUAAAGAUCAACCAGCCAAUCCUACAGAAGAGUAUGCUCAGCUUUUUGCAGCAUUGAUUGCACGAACAGCAAAAGAUAUUGAUGUUUUGAUCGAUUCCUUACCCAGUGAAGAGUCUACAGCUGCUUUACAGGCUGCUAGCUUAUAUAAGCUAGAAGAAGAAAAUCACGAAGCUGCUACAUGUCUGGAGGAUGUUGUUUAUCGGGGAGAUAUGCUUCUGGAGAAGAUCCAAAGUGCACUUGCUGACAUUGCACAGUCACAGCUGAAGACCAGAAGUGUUACCCAUAGUCAGUCUCUCCCAGACUCAUAGCAUCAACAGCUAAGAUAUGACAGAGAAAAGAACUGUUUGACUGGCAGUAAGAAUGCUACAUCAGAUGUAAGCCCUACCAACAGCUAUAGAACAUCAUAUGCUCUGACUGUGUUGCCUUUUUUUUUAGCUAGUUUUCAUCGUGUUUUGUUUUCACUCUUGAUAAGUUUUUUUGUUUUCACUCUUUAAAAUUGCAACUGAAUCAUCUUUAAACAUCAUUAUGCCAUCAUUUUUUUAUCUGACUAGAAUUUUCAGGAUAGAUACUGUACUAAUAAGGCUCAUGAUAUAAUUGAACAGAUAUUCAAUAAAGCUCUUUAUUGUUUUAUGUA